CCACUGAGUUCACCUCACGCCUGACGGAGUAUUUAGCUUGCAUGCUCCCAGGCUACGGCUGGCCGCAGAUACAGAGUGCGUGUAGGAGUGUGUGUGUGUCUCAGUACUGCAUCUCUCUCUCUUGUUCCGGGACCCUCGUUCUCUCAGACACCACCAGGGUAGAUUUUGUUCUCCUCGGUGGGAAUAGGGACAAGGAAUAGUGCGCUUGACCCUUCGAAUGGUCACUGGACUUCCUUGGUAACCCUUUCUGUGUACUUUCAAUGGACUGGAUACCGUCAGUAUUUUCUGGAGAAUGAUACCGUUUCCAACCUAACCACAGUGAGGCUUGACUGGCUGUUCCACUUUGGGCAGAGGAGAGUUGGACCGUGGUUGGAUUUUGACGUUGGACAAGGGUGGAUUUCCCCCCCCCCUGCGACUAUAGGAUACCAUGCUGCCUCAACUGCCUCAACUAAGAAGGGAUCAGUUUGAUAACUUGGAGAAGCAUACACAGUCGGGCAUCGAGUUUGUGGAGAGGUACACCAAAUUCGUCAAAGAGCGAUCGGAGAUUGAAUUCAACUAUGCAAAGCAGAUUAGGAAUCUAUCAAAGAAGUAUCAACCCAAGAAGAACUCAAAAGAGGAGGAGGAGAACAAGUACACGUCAUGCCAGGCCUUCCUGUCGACACUGAAUGAGCUGAACGACUACGCAGGUCAGCACGAAGUCAUCGCUGAGAACCUGACCUCUCAGAUCAUCACAGAACUCUUGCGGUACCUCACGGAACUCAAGGCCGAGAGGAAAUCGCAUUUCCAUGAUGGACGUAAAGCACAGCAACACAUUGAAUGCUCGUGGAAACAGCUGGAGGCGAGUAAACGGCGGUUCGAGAGGGACUGUAAAGAGGCGGACAGGGCGCAGCAGUACUUUGAGAGAAUGGACGCCGACAUCAAUGUGACGAAGGCAGACGUGGAGAAGGCGCGGCAGCAGGCUCAGAUGAAACACCAGAUGGCUGCUGACAGUAAGAGUGAAUACUCCAACUUCCUGACCAAGUUCAACCAGGAGCAGAACGAGCAUUACUACACUCUCAUCCCCAAUAUAUUCCAGAAACUCCAGGAGAUGGAGGAGAGGCGGAUCGAGAGGGUGGGUGUGUCCAUGAAGACGUACGCGGAGGUGGACCGCGAGGUGCUGCCUAUCGUAGGGAAAUGUCUAGACGGAAUGACUAAGGCUGCCGAGUCCAUUGAGCCUAAGACGGACUCGAAGCAGGUGGUGGAGUCGUAUAAGUCUGGGUUCGAGCCCCCGGGGGACGUAGAAUUUGAGGACUAUGGGGCAGGCCAGUCCAUGAAGAGGACGGUCUCUGAAACCAGCCUGUCCAACUCACGAGGAGAGGCCAAGGAACGACCCAGCGGGGGCAAGAGCAAGGGCAAACUGUGGCCUUUCAUUAAGAACAAGAACAAGCUUAUGUCCCUGUUAACGUCCCCGCACCAGCCCCCCCCUGCCCCCCCAGCCUCCAGCCCCCCCUCACCCUCUGCUGUUCCCAACGACCCCCAGUCUCCCAAGCAGAACAAGGAGCCCCUCUCCAAUCGCUUCAAUGAGUUCAUGGCCUCCAAACCCAAAAUGACUUGCCUCCGGAGCCUGAGGCGAGGGCUUUCUCUCAAGCUGAUCACACUCAAUUCCCACGUCCGGAAUCUUAUUGAGGGCUCUGGACCAGAGGACUUCAGCCACCUGCCCCCAGAGCAGAGGAGAAAGAAGCUUCAGGCCAAGAUAGACGACUUAAACAAGGACAUCCAGAAAGAGAUGGACCAGAAAGAUGCCCUAACUAAGAUGAAGGGGGUGUAUGAGAAGAACCCUCAGAUGGGUGACCCUGCCAGUGUGGACCCCCGCCUAGUAGAGAUAGCAAUGAACAUCGAGAAACUGCAGUACGAGGUGCAGAAAUUCGAGGGAUGGCUAGCUGAGGUGGAGGGGAGGUUACCAUCGAAGAGCGAUCCUCCCAGGAGACAGAGUGGUCUGUACGAGACGCAGAACAGCAACAGCAGCACGGUUGCCAACAACUGUGCACAGGACAGAGAGAGCAGCCCGGAUGGCAGUUACACAGAGGAGCAGAGUUCAGAGACUCAGGACAAGGUGGCCAUAGCCAACACUCCAGAGUUUGAUGAUGAGUUUGACGAUGGGGAUGAGGAGACGCUGCCCACCAUCGGCACCUGUAAAGCCAUCUACCAAUUUGAAGGUCAUAAUGAGGGGACUAUAUCAGUGACGGAGGGAGAGCUGUUGUAUGUGAUAGAGGAGGAUAAAGGUGACGGCUGGACGAGGGUCCGCAGGAACGAAGAGGAGGAAGGCUACGUGCCCACAUCUUAUGUCGAGGUCUCUUUGGAAACAACCGCCAAAGGUGCUAUGACAUACAUUUAACUGAAGGGGUUUUCUUUUGGGGCCGAGGGCAUUUUUUUCAUUUUCAGGGGGUGGGGGGGCUCGGGGAGUCGAGUACACUCCUUACACUCUGAAUGAUGGACCAACCAGAAGUCUCCAUGUGCCUCUGUCAUGAUUACCAUGUAGCUGAGACCGGCCCCAUGCACUGUGGUGUUGUAUGUGAUGGGUAUCUCGAUGUAUUUGGGAGACAGGAUAGUUUUAAAAGAGGUAUUGGUUGUUUUUGGUGUAGGGCGACGUUAUCCCUAGACACUGAUCUUGGGUCGGUUUCACAUUUCCCACAAUAAUGGUUAAGGUCAUGAUUGGGGGUGGGGAAGCUGAUCCUAGAUCUGUACCAAGGGGAAACUUGACCCCGGAGUGUUUGGUUUCCCACUGGUUCUGAGAGAAUUCUCUCCUCGUUUCCUCUUGUUUGCCAGGAGAACUGUCUGUCGUUACUUCCAGUCAACUCAAUGGGAAUCAGGGCCGGUUGUAAGGACGAUUUCAAUGAGUGCUUUUUUUUUCUUGAUAUGCAUGCAGUCAUAUUUCCCCCAUGUUCUUAUCACCUGACAAAGGUAUAUUUUAUCAGAUAGCAACUGGCCUCAAAGGUAGAUCAGGAUGAAAACAAAAAGGCAAAAUGUAAGUGUGUGUGUAUGUUCGACUACAUAUGUUUAUGGUCUUAACCACUGAAUCAUAUUCCCACAGAGGCCAGUAUCGAGGUGAUAUUUGCAGAGAAUAAAAUAAUAUAAUACACAAUUCUUUGGGGUUAAACCAUGGGAUCGUGUGUGGGGGGAAAAAACUGCUUGCUGUCCCCAGUAGUAAAGCAUGCUAGGUUGUACAAUGUAGAAAUAUGCAAAUUAUUAUUUGAUUCUGCUGUAAAAAAAAAAAAAAAAAAAAAAAA